UUCCUUAUUUGUAAACUAACCAACUAACCUAGAUCUAAAUUUACUUUCUUGAUCGAAUUAAUAUUUCGAUGUAUACAGAAUAGAUCUCUAUAUAGUUCUAGAUCUAAUUAUCUUUGGUGACGCAGUCCACUUAGAUCCAUACCAAGAUCUAAUUAUGUUUAAAAAAUUGCCCUUGCCUAAGUCGAAUCCAUAUCAUAAUGGCAGUAAAGAAUCAGUGGAUAGUCAAAUGAGUAAUUCAAGUAAUGAAAAUGACAAGGAAAGAGUUGAUAAGAUUCUUCAUCAAAGAGUACAUUUUAAGGUGUAUUACCUGGGUUUGGUGGAACAGAUCACUAUGACAAGCUCAAAGAAAAGAGACACUGAAUCUCAGUUGGUUGAUAUUAUUGAAGAAAAUCAGAUUGAAGGUAGACUUCAAGUCGCCGCAUCAGAAGAGAAUAAAGUUGUCAUGUUUGUCUCACGGCAUGGUAUUAAAGUCGUAGAUCCGAGUGGACAGGAAGUACUUCAGCGUCACCCCCUGCACACCAUAGCACAGCUGAUACAAUACAGUGACGGCUUUAAGAACCAAAACAUUGCUGUAAAAAUUGGCCAGGUCGGGAAACACACGUGUAAAUGUUACAUCUUCCAAUGUCAUUCUGAGGAUCAAGCUCAAGCCAUCUGCAACUGUGUCAGAAGAAUUUUUGAUGCCAUCACAACCAAAUAGCGAAUGGCUGGAAGCAUCGAUCUCAGAAAAAUAUUGUAGUGCACCUAAUUGAAAUACAGAGGGACCAAACAGAAUGUAACUCAAUGUCUGAGGAAAAAAUUAUUUAUAGUCCUGCCUAGAAAUAUUGUUUGCUAGGCCAAAACAGAAUGGGUACUGCAACAUGUCCCAGUGUAAAGGUUCUAUGACAAGAGAUAUUUUGGCUGUGCUAAUUAUGUUGAUUUAUCUUUACCGCAAUUUUCACCAUGUUGUGUCAAGUAGUGAAAUCAUAAUAACUUAUUGAUUGUAAAUAGCUUCCUGUUUAAUUUUCUAUUUUUUAAAUUGGUAGUGACUGUUUUUUUUUGUCAAUAUUGUUAUUUCUCCUGUAGUGCCUUAUUCUCAGGAGUGACAAAUAGAAUCCACACCAUCAGGUCAUGUAAGGAUGUGUCACAUCUCUUUUAAGCAAAUAUUACACUAAUGGUAAGAUGGAAGCAUGUUGGCUGAGUGGUAAAGGGCUUGACUUCCAAACUGAAGGAUCCAGGGAUCAAAUCCAGAUGACUGGUAUUUUUAAUUUUGGGAUCUUUAGGGUGCCUCUGAGUCCAACCAGCUCUAAUGUUAGUUGGGGAAGAUGGUUGGUGGUUGUGUUGAUCACAUGACACCUUUGUUAAACAAGUGACCUUUACAUCAUUUGCCCUAUAGAUGUAAGGUCUGAAAAGGGAAAUUUUUUUACUUUAAUGAUAAGAUUUUGUAUAAUCAUUACCAUAUGUCUUGUGUUCAGAAUCUCAUCAAAAAACAGAUCAAAGGAAUACAAAGGGGUUAGCUGUUUAGACCUUUUAGGCAUGUUUUAGGAAAAAAUUGUUCAUGCAGUGAAAGAACUUGUUUUGCUUGAUUUAAGUAACUACUAUUGUUUGUUAAACAUUUAAUUUUAUUUCAAAAUUAUUGUACACAUCCUAAAGCAGUAUAUUAUUUACUUCAGAAGAAUUGUUUCAUAGAAAUUAAAAGUUUGGAAGGUUAAUGGGACAAAUAUUCAGAUUUGAAAACUUAAAAUCAGAACUGCUUUAUUUUUAAUGCAUAUAUUUGGUCUCAAUGUGAUAUCACUAAUGUUUAAUAUUUAUUCCAUUGUACAUAUUUAUUAUUGAUAGUAUUUCUAUACAAUUCAUUUAUUGUGUAAAUAUGAAAUAAUUCUUAAAUAAAAUGUUUAUAAAAAAAAAGCAUCUGAUUUAGAGUUUAAAAAAUAUACAAAAGUUUAUUUUUGACAAGGAUUUUUUUUACAGUACAAUAUUGCAUUUCGACAAACAAGUUACAUAGAUUUGUGUAUAAAUUACAUAAAUGGCUUGUAGUGUAACAUUCAUAGAUUGCAAAUAUGGCAUUUUAAAAAUAAAUGAUGUAUUAAAAAUUAUAUCACAAUCAUGAUGCUGGCCUUUAAAGCCCUGAAUAUUCUGUAUAAUAGGAAUAAAUAAUAUAAGAAUAAAUAAUAUUGCUGUACAAAAUUUGAAAAAGGAAUAGCUUUAAAAAUAUUUUUUUUUAACAAUUACUAAAACAUAUAUUGAAGCUUACAUUACAAAAAGUACCAUAUGAAAAUAUUGAUUGCCACAACAAUAAUCUAGCAUAAUAGCUUUUAUCUCACCAAUGUUUUCAAAAUCAGAUUCUACUUUCAGAUGAAAAAUACUUUUAAAUCUCUAUUUUCUUGAAUUUCUUCCAAAAAUUGCAGAAAUAUGUUGGGAUUAAUUUGGGCUAAUGUAGUGUUUGACAUAGUUGAUGACAAAAUUGGUUCUUUUUCCUUUAUUGGAUUUUUUUCUAA